AUGAUAGAAAUGAUAAUCAUUGACAAGGUUCACCUUGAUUCUUUUGGACAACCGGUGGAACGUUUUAGCGAGACGAUUGCAGCAUUUUUCUGUUUCAAUAACAAAUUUUUCUACGUGAUGAUGUCGCUGUUUCAGUAUCUUCAUACAGCCGGCAUCGCUCAUCGUGACCUGAAACCGUCAAACCUGUUGGUGAACAGCGACUGUACCCUGCGUAUUGCCGAUUUUGGUAUGGCAAAAUUGGCCAUGAGGGAUCAAAUUGAUGAAGCUGAUGAACAUUGCUUCUAUAUGACGCAACACGUCGCCACUCUUCCGUACAGAGCACCAGAGCUACUGUACGUGAUGCCAGAACAUUCGACAGCUGUUGAUAUGUGGGCUGUUGGAUGUAUUUUCGCCGAGAUGAUAUUGAGACGUGAACUGUUCCCAGGACGUAGUGUUUCUGGUCAAAUCAAAAUCAUUCUCACAAUGCUUGGCGCUCCAUCUCAAAAAAUUCUGGACGAGAUACGUUGUGAACGUACGCGACGACUCAUUGAAAAUUUUGGCGACCACGCCCAACGACCAUGGCCCGAAAUUAUGUAUUGCAGAGAACGUGAGAACAGUAUGAUGCAGGUGUCGGACGAGAUGAUCGACUUGAUUUCCAAGCUAAUCGUUGUUGACGUUGAAGAUCGAAUUGAUGUCCAGGGCGCUCUCAAUCAUUCAUACAUCACACAAAGUAUCAGUCCCGAUCAGCUGCGUGCCCAGAAAACUUGUCCAUUCAAGGUAAAAAUGGAUAUGGCAGCCGUUGAAACGCUUACACAUCAGGAAUUAACCCAAGCGUUGAAUAGGGAUGUACGAUCAGCCGACUGUUCCAUCUAUUCAGUACAUUCUGGAGGUAAGACUUGA